AUGGCGAAGGACAAGGCACCGGGCCCAGAUGGUUGCUCGAUGGGUUUCUUCCAGGCUUGUUGGGAUGUAGUAAAAUGUGAUAUUAUGCAGGUUUUUGCAGAAUUCCACUCUUUCCAUAAAUUUGAGAAAAGCCUAAAUGCGAAGUUCAUUACUCUUAUUCCAAAGAAACAUGGGGCUAAGGUAGUUGAAGAUUUUCGCCCCAUAGGCCUGGUGAGUGGAGUUUAUAAAAUUAUCUCCAAGGUCCUGGCAAAUAGGCUUAGCUUAGUGAUGGAACAUAUUAUUUCUAAGCCUCAAAAUGCCUUCAUUAGGGGGAGACAGAUUUUGGAUUUGGUACUUAUUGCCAAUGAGUGUUUGGAUCAUAGGUUGCGGGAAGGCGUCCCGAUAUUAGUUAAUGGUACUCCUGCUGGGUUCUUUAACAGCUCAUGUGGUUUGAGGCAGGGGGAUUCCUUGUCUCCUCUCUUGUUUGUCAUUGUUAUGGAGGCACUGGGGAGGUUGGUGAAGGUCACUGUUGGUGGAGAUACUGGUCAGAUUCAAUCUUUGCGAGCUCUCUUGUUAUGCUUUGAAGUACUGUCGGGGCUUAAGGUUAAUCUUGGUAAAUUCGAGAUCGUUGUGGAGGGUGCGGUGCCUAAUAUUAACAACUUGCCUAUGAAUUAUUUGGGUCUUCCACUGGGGGCCAAUUUUAAGGCUCGAGCCAUUUGGGAUGGGGUGGUGGAGAAAGUAGAGAGGAAGCUUGCUGGGUGGAAACGGAUGGGAUUUCCAGCACUCUAUAGUAUUGCAGCUAACAGAGAGGCCUCUGUUGCAGAUAUGAGGGUUGUAUCUGAUUUUUUUAGGUUGCUCUAUUCUAUGGGAAAUAUUACGGCUCAAGAGGAUAGGUUGCAAUGGAAGGCUAAUGGUAGUAAAAAAUUUACAGUCAGGAACUACUACAAGAUGUUGUCAACCCAAGGUCAUGUAUCAUUUCCAUGGAAGAGGAUUUGGAGAUCACGGGUGCCUACUAAGGUAGCUUUCUUCAUAUGGACUACCACUCUUGGGAAGAUCUUGACUACGGGCAAUCUAAGAAAGAGGGGAAUCAUAGUGAUGGAUUAG